CAAUGGAAAGGUGCAGAGUGUUGAAUGGAGAAGGCUGAGCAACAUGUAUGGUGCAGGGACUGGCGGCGAUCACUGCUGUGUCUGGUGCAGGGACUGGCGGCGAUCACUGCUGUGUCUGGUGCAGGGACUGGCGGCGAUCACUGCUGUGUCUGGUGCAGGGACUGGCGGCGAUCACUGCUGUGUCUGGUGCAGGGACUGGCGGCGAUCACUGCUGUGUCUGGUGCAGGGACUGGCGGCGAUCACGGCUGUGUCUGGUGCAGGGACUGGCGGCGAUCACGGCUGUGUCUGGUGCAGGGACUGGCGGCGAUCACGGCUGUGUCUGGUGCAGGGACUGGCGGCGAUCACGGCUGUGUCUGGUGCAGGGACUGGCGGCGAUCACGGCUGUGUCUGGUGCAGGGACUGGCGGCGAUCACUGCUGUGUCUGGUGCAGGGACUGGCGGCGAUCACGGCUGUGUCUGGUGCAGGGACUGGCGGCGAUCACGGCUGUGUCUGGUGCAGGGACUGGCGGCGAUCACUGCUGUGUCUGGUGCAGGGACUGGCGGCGAUCACUGCUGUGUCUGGUGCAGGGACUGGCGGCGAUCACUGCUGUGUCUGGUGCAGGGACUGGCGGCGAUCACGGCUGUGUCUGGUGCAGGGACUGGCGGCGAUCACGGCUGUGUCUGGUGCAGGGACUGGCGGCGAUCACUGCUGUGUCUGGUGCAGGGACUGGCGGCGAUCACUGCUGUGUCUGGUGCAGGGACUGGCGGCGAUCACUGCUGUGUCUGGUGCAGGGACUGGCGGCGAUCACGGCUGUGUCUGGUGCAGGGACUGGCGGCGAUCACGGCUGUGUCUGGUGCAGGGACUGGCGGCGAUCACGGCUGUGUCUGGUGCAGGGACUGGCGGCGAUCACGGCUGUGUCUGCUGCAGGGACUGGCGGCGAUCACGGCUGUGUCUGCUGCAGGGACUGGCGGCGAUCACGGCUGUGUCUGCUGCAGGGACUGGCGGCGAUCACGGCUGUGUCUGGUGCAGGGACUGGCGGCGAUCACGGCUGUGUCUGGUGCAGGGACUGGCGGCGAUCACUGCUGUGUCUGGUGCAGGGACUGGCGGCGAUCACGGCUGUGUCUGGUGCAGGGACUGGCGGCGAUCACGGCUGUGUCUGGUGCAGGGACUGGCGGCGAUCACUGCUGUGUCUGGUGCAGGGACUGGCGGCGAUCACUGCUGUGUCUGGUGCAGGGACUGGCGGCGAUCACGGCUGUGUCUGGUGCAGGGACUGGCGGCGAUCACGGCUGUGUCUGGUGCAGGGACUGGCGGCGAUCACGGCUGUGUCUGGUGCAGGGACUGGCGGCGAUCACGGCUGUGUCUGGUGCAGGGACUGGCGGCGAUCACGGCUGUGUCUGCUGCAGGGACUGGCGGCGAUCACGGCUGUGUCUGCUGCAGGGACUGGCGGCGAUCACGGCUGUGUCUGCUGCAGGGACUGGCGGCGAUCACGGCUGUGUCUGGUGCAGGGACUGGCGGCGAUCACGGCUGUGUCUGGUGCAGGGACUGGCGGCGAUCACUGCUGUGUCUGGUGCAGGGACUGGCGGCGAUCACGGCUGUGUCUGGUGCAGGGACUGGCGGCGAUCACGGCUGUGUCUGGUGCAGGGACUGGCGGCGAUCACGGCUGUGUCUGGUGCAGGGACUGGCGGCGAUCACUGGUUGCAUCUGGUGGGGUGACACUGUCCUUGGAUC